UGUAGCUCCUAUUUACAGAGAGGACACCAAUAUAACAUCCAAUGAUCACAAGGAUUAUAUUGGAGCGUUGUCGAAGAGGGUGAGGACAUUACUAAAGGUUCGAGUUCUUCACAUAUCGAAUACGACCAGGAUGAGCAGCACGUUUGUGACGCUAGCGGAAGUGUUGGAGUGUCGAGGAGGCCCUCUUCUGGAGGACGAGGUGUGGUCCCUCCUCCUGGGCACUGCAGAGUCCCUGGUCGACGUCUCAUACAAAGGACAUAACAGCAUGAGUAGCAUCAUAAGCCCCACCUCCCUGCUGCUCUCGGCCACUGGAACACUGGCGUUUAAGAACUGCACCCUAUCAGAUGAUGCAUGCACCUUCACCGCGCCAGAGAUGCUGCAAGGCCGUGCCUCCUCAACCAAACCUGCUAUAGAGAAGAUGCUGGUGUAUUCACUUGGUAUGACUCUCUACUGGUCUGUCGAUUAUCAUCUACCUCAGAAUCAGCCAGUCCAGUUGAGUGACCACCUUAACAGCCUGCUACUGAGCAUGUGCGAGGACCUGGCCCACCGCAGGGUCAAUCUCAACAGUAUCUUGGAAUCCUGUGAGUCUCAGCACAAAGCCUCUCUCCUGCCUCCGCCCAACAGAGUCAUAGGACAACUGGUGGAGGAUGUCUUUCACAAAGCUGUGGACCAUGGCUCUGUGCCAGAGCCCUUUGCCCCGCUGAGUGGGAGGAGUCAGAUGGUCAGAGAGAGGCUUCAUGGUAAGCGUGAUCGGUAUCCUGACUACAGUGAGGACAGCGCGGCUGGAGCGGAGAGUAGACGGUACUCUAACGACUCCACCAAGUCAGAAAGUUUACUUCACAAACCCUGGAGACAGAAAGCCAGGAGCUCGCCCACCCCUGCAUACCCACCGAACAUAGACCGACUGCCACAGGGUGUCAGACACAGAGAAAGUAGUAGUAGCUGGCUGUGCCAGAGCCCCUACAUUGGCGUCCCCUCAAAGGGCGUACCCCAAUCCCCCAGCCCCUCCAUCACUUUCAGCGACUCCUCAGCCAGCCUCACCCAGAGGAAAGCCAAGGCUCUUGGUCCCGAGUUUAUCAGAAUGGCUGACGAACCCCAGGUAGUUCUGGAGCUACCCGGAUCCAUAGUGUCUAAGAAGGGCAGGUCUUGUUCGUCUCAGAGGGAGGUCAUUGUGGUGUUGCCCAGUGGUCAGUCUGUAUUGGUCAGAUGUGACAUGAAGUCCAGAGGGAGGGACGUGUUCGACAUGGUGGUGGCUCACGCUAACCUGGUGGAGCACUUCUACUUCGGACUGGCCUACACCGACGAUGAUGAAUAUUUCUUCUUGGACCACGAGACGAAAAUCUCUAAAGUUGCUCCUGACAGUUGGAAGAAAGUAGUGUCGACCUCUUUUCUUGUUUUUCUAAGGAUCAAGUUUUUUGUUGAUGAUAUCUCCUUCAUAUUACACAGGGUGACGCUUCACCAGUACUACUUGCAGCUGCGGAAGGACAUCCUAGAGGACAGGUUGUACUGCAACGAGGAGACAGGCAUGUUCCUGGCAGCUCUCGCAUUACAGGCUGAGUUUGGGGACUACAUUUCUGAGUUGUAUGGCAGGAACUACUACCAGCUAGAGCAGUUUGUGUCUAAGAGGAUGCUGGAGAAGAUGGCUCUGCCCAAUCUAAAGGAGGAGUUGCCACGGUUACAUGCCAACAAUGCCCAGAUGCUGCCAGAGGAGGCAGAAACCGAGUACCUAAAAAUCGCCCAGCAGCUUCCAGAGUAUGGGAUGGUGUUCCAUCGGGUAUGCCGGGAGAAGAAGCCGGUGGCGGGGGAGCUGGUGCUGGGAGUCUGUGCCACAGGAAUCAUCGUCUAUGAGCUGAAGAACCACCUCCGCACUGUCACACGGCGAUUCCUCUGGAGGGAGACCGAUACCAUCUCCGCCAACCAUCGUAAGCUGACCAUAGAGUGUGGUGGUCCCAGUGGUAAGAAGCACAGCUUUGUAACAGAGAGUUCUAAGAUUGCGCAGUACCUCCUUAGUCUCUGCUCCGGGCAGCACAAGUUCCACAGCGAGAUGAGUUCCAGGCAACUCAGCCACAGCAUCGCUCAAGAUGAGAACAUUGACAAGUACCAGUCUAUUUGUCGGACCAGUGACUCCCGUAUGAAGCGUCUUUCAUGUUCUGAGGUUGUCCUGAACAGCGUAGAGUUACCAUCCAACCUCGGCCACCGCGAGUCAUUAAGUAAGUCGUGUGAUGACAUCACGGCGAAGGUGGAGGCGCGUCUAAGGCAACAGAGAGAGUUGAGGGAAAUGAGCAGAGAUCUACCUGAGCCAUGCCCACUGUCAGAGAUGAAGGAACAGCAGGGCUGGAGUACUCCAGAGCCCAUCCCCAGAAUCAUGUCCAAUCCCAUGCUACAGAAACAUGACUCCACAACCUCCUCUAUACAUGUAGACACUCCAACCAGGGGUUCUCCAGAGAGAGAGAUCAUCAGUCUGAUCCUAAGGAAAGACCCUAAACUGGGCUUUGGGUUUGUGAUAGUGGGCGAGAACAACACAGGGAAACUGGACCUGGGAAUCUUCAUAGCCUCCAUCGUACCUGACGGACCAGCAGACAGAGACGGCAGAAUCAGACCAGGUGGUCGUCUGAUUUCUCUAAAUAAGAUCAGUCUGGAGGGCGUGACGUUCACUGACGCAGCAGUCAUCCUCCAGAACAGCCCUGAUGAGGUGGAGCUCAUCGUCUCACAGCCCAAAUAUUCUCUGAGAGACAGUAAGACUUCUCUGGCCCCCAGUACCAUGAGUCUGAUGUUGGAGAGGGGCAUUGGGUCCCAGACCACACUGAGUGGAACAGAAUUCCAACCAGCCAUGGAGGAGCUGGAGGAAGCACUGGCUCUGUCCAACCUGGCCACACCUAAACAUGGCAAGAGACUCCACAUCCCUGAGGUCCGGAUCCUGGAUGCUCAGGAGGUGUGUUCCAGGUCUCCCUCUCUCUGCAGUCUGAGAGCCAGGGAACAGCUUGUGGUGGAGCUGAAGAAGGCCAACGGCAGCCUGGGUAUAAGUGUAGCUGGUGGAAUGAACACCUGUGUUCGUUACGAGGGGAUAUACAUCAAGAGUCUGGUGCCAGGGGCCGCUGCUGAGCAGGAUGGGCGCAUUCAGAUAGGUGACCGACUGCUGGAAGUUGAUGGGUCCAACCUACGAGGUGUAACACACAAACAGGCCGUGGAGUGCCUGAAGAAGACUGGAGAGGUGGUGAGUCUGCUUUUAGAGAGGGAGCCCCAGGUGGUGUUGGGGGCAGGAGCAAAUCGCCCCCGCUCAGCUUCACAGAGCCAAUCAGGAAGUCUCAGGAGAGACAGCUCCAUGGAGAUGACCUUGAGUGGCAAGACCAAGGACUACAGCUUUGUCACUGAUGACAACACUCUGGAGGUGCUGUUGAAGAAGAGCCUGUGUGGUUUGGGCUUCAGCUUCUACAUCAGUGAGUUGAACAGUGGUUGUGACCAGGGCAGCAGUGUGGUGCGGAUCAAAACCCUUUUCCAGGGUCAACCAGCCAAGGAGUCAGGACAGAUCAGAGAAGGAGACGUCAUAUUGGCUGUUAAUGGACAAUGGGUUAAAGGCCUCAGCUACCAGAGGGUGUUGUUCCUGCUCCGUGGGCCUCCGUCUGAGGUCCACCUGACUGUCUGCAGACCUGCUCUUGGAGUACUGUCUCAACUGGAUGCUGACACACUGGUUCCUUUCUUGUCUCCAAACCGUGGGGUGAGGUCCAAGUCUCUAGACAUCAGGCUUGGGGAAGAUUAUAGCCAGCUGCUCAAGCUACAGGCAUACCAGAACCGUCAGUACAACCAGGAAAACCAGGCCCAAAAGGAGCCAAUGCAGACAUCACAAGCCCAGGACCAAGCCUCCAGGCAGGCCAGACAAACGGACAAAUCCCCUGAGCCCUCUGGAGGUUCGAAGACUCAACAGAGUCAGGAUAGUCAAGACAGUGAGAUGGACGCAGCCGAGAACCAGCCUUCCUCACCCUCUCCCUCACCCCCUUCCCCCAUCUCCCUCGCCAGCAUAAGUGACGCAGGAGACAGUGAAGAGUUGUCGGUUGUGGACGAGGAAGGUUCCGAAGAAUUGAGCUCGGCAUCUGUCGGGGCCAAGACCAGUACUAGUCCCGUGUACACCAGUGGCAUCAGAGAAGAGGCGGACGGCAGUUUAACAUACUGCCUUAUGGGUGAUGGAAAAACCAUUCUACCUGAUAAAGAGUACUUGACCAUCAGUUCGACUUCGGACAGGCCCUCUAGCCUUACCUCAAACACCUCAUGUACCCCCAGUGUGGCUCCACACACUACCUCUCAUACCUCCAGGACCAGAUCCACCCCCCCUACUAGGGUCCGAUCCACCACCCCCAAAAGUACUUCCAUCCCCCACAGCUUGUCCUCGCAAACCACGAGCUCAACAAACCCCAAUUUGUCAUUGCAAACCACCUCUGUCCAGCACACACCAGCUCAGCCCUCCUCGUGGCCUACAUCCAGCCUUUCCUCUAGGAUGUCUGACCUCAACAUCAGCCACUCGGUGCAUCCUCUCCAGCCCCUGCAUGCUACACCUCCUCUUCCCAGCCUCUCCUCCCAUACCUCCAACCCCAACUCCAGGAUCUCCGAUCGUAAGCACAGCAUCACCUCCGAUCGUAAGCACAGCAUCACCUCCGAUCGUAAGCACAGCAUCACCUCCGAUCGUAAGCACAGCAUCACCUCCGAUCGUAAGCACAGCAUCACCUCCGAUCGUAAGCACAGCAUCACCUCCGAUCGUAAGCACAGCAUCACCUCCGAUCGUAAGCACAGCGUCACCUUCGAUUGUAAGCACAACAUCACCUCCGAUCGUAAACACAGCAUCACAUUCAAUACUACCAAUGCCUCCAACAUCACUCGUUCAGUCAUCCAAUACAAUCCCCAGCCCCCUGACACAUUGCCCCCCUCGCAACCCCCCGCACGCCACCCCUCUCCCCAGCCUCCCUUGUCCUCACUCUCUCCCCCCAUUCAGGCUGCACCUCUCCCACACACACACCCUACCUGGAGACAGGAGACAGAAGGGGAGGAGGACGAAGAUGAGGAUGAGAAUGAGGAGGAUCCCAGAAAAGACAUGAUGAAGGAAUUUGAGAUGUGUGUGGUUCUGACCAAGUCGUGGAGCGGUAGCUUUGGGUUCACCAUCACACGCAGCAAACUGGAUGCCUGCUACUACAUUCAGGACAUACUGGACAACCCUGCUAAGACGGACGGACGGCUCAGACCAGGGGACAGACUAGUCACGGUCAAUGGCCAGGAUAUGACGAAUGUGACGGAUGAGGUUGCCAUGUCGAUCCUGAGGUCGUCUCCUAGGAGACUGAGUUUGAUCCUGGGGAGGGCGGUGACCAACCUGAUCGCUCCACCUUUUCCAGACAACCUGCAAGACAUCAUACUGCACAAGACACCGACUGGACAGCUUGGUAUAAAGCUUACGGGUGGUAUAGGCAGCAAAUGGCAGGGGAUCUACUGUCUGGAGGUGGUUCCUGGUUCACCUGCCUGUGAGGAAGGCAGCGUCCAGCCAAACGACAGGAUCCUGUACAUCUGUGGCCGAUGCACCAUGGGAAUGACUCUGGAGGACGCUGUCAAGGCCUGCGAGACUGCUCCACGCAAAGUCAAACUUAAGGCCACCAGAGAUGACCAGCCUGUGACUCCCAAAGCCAAGAGUAAUGCUAAAGCCGUGCCCGAAACCACUGGGAAAUUCAGACCACUUCUCUCUGUCACCUCCGAUCAAGACAGCUGUAUCUUGCAAAUAUAUGUGUGUAAACCAGAGAGAGGGGGUCUGGGCUUUGCUCUGAUUGGAGGAUGCAACGGAAGUACGCUCAGAGUGAAGGAGAUAUGCGAUGGAGGCAUGGCGCAGCAGGAUGGACAGCUCAGAGUGGGAGACAUACUGCUCGAGGUGAAUGGUAUAAUAGUAUCAGGUCUGAGCCACUGUAAGGUGGUGGAUAUCCUCCGUCAGGCUGAGGGAAACAUCCAACUCACAAUCUGUAGAGACAUACCAAGGGCCAACACAGCACCCUGCACUGAUGUAUCCUACUCUAUGGCCUUCCCUGGAGACAACAUGACCGUCUGUCCUGGAUCCAAUAUGGCUUCCUGUCCUGGAUCAAAUAUGGCCUCUUAUCCUGGAUUAAAUAUGGCACCUUGUCCUGGAUCAAAUAUGGCCUCCUGCCCUGAAGUCAACAUGGCUACCAGCAAUGGAUCCAACAUGGCAUCCUGCACUGGAUCAAAUGUGUCAGUCUUCAUCGAAGCCCGUAUGUCGGACAAUGCCGAGCCAUUCUCCAACCCUUCCGCAUGUUCCUCACCUGAUGUCCAGCAGGAGGACCUUCCCCCUGAGGGGACUUCAGAUUCAGUUCCUGAUAUAGAGGAGGACAUUACCCCACUUUCACCCCCCCGACGCCUCCUAUCACCCCUCACUCCGCCUGCGGGCCCUCACAGAAGAGGACAUGGCUGGACAGGAGAGCUGUAACAGUAAACCCUCUCAUCAAGCUUGCUGCCUGUCCAGCAAGAGUAUGACUAACUUGCUCCAUGAAGCCUCGGACAGGAACCAAAUCCCUGUGAUGCCAUUGGACGAAACCAUGAUGGGCAGCAAGAACAGCCAAUCAG